AUGUCUGAAUCUGAGGAUAUAGUAUGGCACCAGGAUUUUGCUGCAUCUGGGAGUGGUACUCCCAGUAGUUCAAGUAUGCUACCCAGCUUUUGGCGGUUCCUGAACCGCCGAAUUAAAGGUACCGGUCGCGCAGGAUCCACGUCUCCCGCUAAAAGAAAAAUAGAUGGAAGGGAUGAUACUAAGCUAAAAGGACAACGAAAUUUGUUUGGAGAUUUACAAAUAGCCGACAGAGAGGUGGAAGCAGGACCACAGUCUCAGAAAGGUAAAGAUGAGGAGUUCUUUGACUCUAGUAGCUCUAGCUCUGAUGUCGACUCCUCAAUUGGCGGAGUAAGCUCAGAUGCAUCAUCAAAAGAGGGUCCCAGAAAGCGCAGUAGAAAAUCAAAGAAAUCGUCUCCUAUUCCACCAACCAAACGGCAGCAUGUAGUGAGAUCCAAGUCGCUUUCGAAAUCGCCUAAGAGAGUGAAAAGUGAGGGUCUACCAGAUGCCGGCUUUGUCACUGCGGAUUCGUCUCCGAUCAAAGCUCGAGUUUUUGCUUCGCCCGCUAAAUCACCCUCAAAGCCUAUACUGAACAAGUCACCCUUCAAAAUUACACUCAAUCGUAACUUCGUUCCCAGUCCUCUGCCUUACGAAGGUGAAUAUCAGCCACCGCAAGAGAAGCAUCUUACUUAUUUCUUUGAUGGGUUUGAGGGGUAUAUUGACCAGAAAAAACCAAUUCGUGCUCACAAAAAAUCCACCAACUCUAUGGGCAUGGCCCCGUCUGUUACGAGGGAGGAGUUCUCUCUCCUAUCAAAUACGCUGAAUAGUUGGCUACACAAAGACUGCAAAAAUUCAUUGCAAACAAUACAGCGAACCAUGUUCCCACAGUACUGGUUUGAGGUCGAUCAGGGAUUUUCCCUUCUAUUUUACGGAAUUGGUUCCAAGCGCAAGUUUCUUGAAGAGUUUGUCAUUGACUACCUUUCCCCGCAGUUGGCUUUGUCAACCGAACUUAAUUAUGGCUCUAAUAAUGAGGUAUUCGGGUCAGAGGCAGGAGUCGCUAGUGAUGACGAAAGUAUGGUAGACGGUGUUCCAUGUGUAGUCAUCAAUGGUUACAACCCAACUUGCAAUUACAGAGACGUUUUCCAGUCUAUAACACAAAUUAUGCUCAAGGAGGAAUUAUCAAAAUCAGAAACCAAAUAUUGGAGCAACCAUGUGGAACUACAAAUCAACAAGAUGGACGAGGUAUAUCGUCAUUCAGCUCCUACCAUCAAACUAAUAGUUCUGGUUCACAAUCUGGACGGUCCUAUGGUUCGCAAGGAUGCUUUUCAAAACAUGCUCAGCUCACUGGCACGCAUCCGCCAGAUUGCGAUUGUUGCCUCAAGUGAUCACAUAUACGCACCAUUGUUAUGGGACCAUGUUCGAGCUCAAAACUUCAACUUUGUUUUCCAUGACAUAACUAACUAUGAGAGUUAUGCGGUAGAAUCGUCCUUCAACGAUGUCAUGAAGCUCGGCAAAAGCCAGAGUAGUACUGGUGCAGAGGGUGCACGUUAUGUACUGGAAUCCCUCACCGUUAACUCUAAACGAAUGUACAAACUGCUUAUCGAGACCCAGCUAAGUGCCAUGGAACAUUCGCAGACGAAAGUUCCGGCUAACAAACGAGGUUCCCAUGCUUACGGAAUUGAAUUUAAGCAAUUUUACCACAUGUGUGCUGCCGAGUUUAUCGCCUCGAAUGAGGUGUCGCUACGAUCAAUGUUAGGCGAGUUCAUCGAACAUAAGAUGGCCGCUUUGUCCAAAAAUAGAGGCGGGGCAGAGACUCUGUACGUCCCCUAUGUCUACUCAGAAAUGCAGACAUUAUUAAAAGACGUCUUAGACGUAUGA